AUGUGGAGUAAUCCGGCGUGUGCGAUGGGACACAGCUGGACGUCCAACGCCACUGGACCAUGUAGAGUCGAGCAGAGCAGCGCGCGAUUCUUAUCCCUGAACUGCAUCCUGCUCGGCUGCACUUUUUUGGUGGGGGUGCCGAGUAACCUUCUCGUCUGCUGGCUUGUGCUCAGAAACAAAACUUUGCAGACGGCCAACAACGCGCUCUUGGUCAAUUUAGCUGCGGGCGACCUGCUGAGAUGCUUGGUGGACUCCCCGCUGUUUCUCGCCUCUCUGCUGCUGGGCGCCUCUCCGCUCUGCUCCACGCAGCAGUUCACCUUCGCGCUCUGCAGUUGCGCGCAGCUGCUCGGUUUGGUGGCCAUAAGCGUGGAGAGAUACCGAGCCAUCGCCUUCCCCUUCAGGACGCAGAGGAGGACAGAGCGAACCCGGACCUGGAUUCUUCUCGUCUGGGUGGUCUCCUUCUUCAUAGCAAUUCUCUCCCUCAGUCUGAGCGAAGACCCUCCGUCCUACAUGAUGUGUCGCAACCUAAACUCACCAAAGCUCCGCACGGACCCGUUUGGCGCGUGCGUCCUGGUCCCUAUCUGGACUGUAUGUAUCGUUAUCAUAACCUUCCACUAUCUUCGCAUCUUCAUCGUGGUGAGGCGACACGCCAGUAGAGUGUUUGACGUGGGCGUUCAGCCGAGAGCGUCCAUCGCGAAACUCCCUUCAGGCUGGCCCAGCCUGGCUGCUUCAGCACCAUGGACAGCGCCCGCAGGGCUGCCGGAGUCCAGCGCAGGCGCGGAGGGAGGGUCGCAGUGGGACGAGCCAGACACGCCACCAAGGAUAAUAGGGGCCGUGUGCGUCCUCACUCCCAAAGCCAAAGAGCUGGGCAAGAAAAGGCUGGAGGGCAAGCUGGCCAAGCGCCUGGGCUACAUCAUCAUAGCGGUCAUCCUGUUCUGGCUCCCGCUGGUGCUGAUCCUUGUGCUCGACGAGUUUGUAGACUGCACCCAAAGCUGUGGUGGGCUGCUGGGUGGUCUGUACUCCUCUGCCUCGGUGGUGUCAUGUGUUCCCGCUGCUGUGGAUCCGCUCAUUUACACACUUCUGCAGCGCCACUUCCGCACACAUCUGCACAAACUCUUCAGCACCAAACCGCACUGCUGA